ACGAACUUUUUCAGUACCCGUCGCUGACCUGGGGUGUGUGAGUGUGCAUCGUCUACGUAUCGUUCGCUUGGUGCCGUGGGUUUUGUGCGAUAAUUUGCUGUUUUAAAUCGAUUAGCGCGUGUUUUUCGUGAAGUGAACAUAUUUCUGGGUGUUUUAUUGCUCGAAAGCAGUGUUUUUCGUGUCAGUGUUUGAGGAGAACCGCGAUAAAAGCAAAGCCAAACAAGAUGGAGUCAUCCUCAACCGCCAUGGAUGACGAUCCAUUCCUAACGAUACACCGCCAGAUGCAGACCAUCUGUACAGCUGGGUUCAAUCGUAUGCGCGAUCUGUGGGACGAAAUGUUUGAUACGAACUUGUGUUUGGCCUAUGCCGAGCGGCUGCCGGACCACAUGACGGCGUUCUUCGAGGAGGUGUAUCAAGAGAGCAACCAGCGCCGGGAGCGCUUCGUGGAAGAAAUAGCCGAGCUGAGGCAGGAGGCGCUGAAUUUGCAGCGCUUGUUGGGCGAACAGCAGCAGGGUUUGCCGGCGGGGAUCGAAUCCCGCCCGCUGUUCGACCAGCGUGCCGCACUGGACGCGAGCCUCGAACAGAUGCGGCAAAAGCUCAGCCAGCGGCAUGAAAUAAUUGAUGAGUAUUUGCUCGAGAUGGAAACACUGUGUGAAGAGCUCAGCGAAGAACCGCAGACACUGUCGAAGGACCCACUGCCAACGGAGCGCGAACUGGUCGAGUUCCGCUCCUACCUGGACCAUCUGAUAGCGGAAAAGAUGCAGCGCCAGGAGGACAUUGGUAAUCUGCGGCGAGAAACAAAGAAGUUGAUGAGCUGCCUGGAAAUGAUCCCCAUCACGGAGGAGCAAGAGCGGCUGCUGAACGCGCGCAAGUUUCCACCGACGCGCGAAAACAUGCACGGGCUGCGCAUGCUGCACGAGGAGAUUGCAGCGCAGUACGAAAGCUUGAAGCAGCACAUCGACGAUACGCGCCGAAAGCUGGAGCGGCUGUGGCAGUGUCUGGAAACCGAUCCGGCCAUCGUGAAGAAGUUCGAAAAGCUAACCUCCUACACGCAGACCACCUUCGACAAGCUGUUCGCCGAGCACGACCGGUGCGAAACGUUGCGGCGGGAAAACAUGAAAUCGUUCGUGGAGCGCACCCGGCUCGAAAUCGUCGAAUGGUGGGACCGGUGCAUGAAGUCGGAGGACGAGCGUGCCCGGUUCACCACGUUCCACUGGCAGGACUACAACGAGGACAUGCUGAAGCUGCACGAGCUCGAGCUGGACAGUUUGAAGCAGUUUUACGGCGAGAAUGAGCAGAUCUUCCAGAUGGUGCUACAGCGGCAGGAGAUGUGGGACCGGAUGCAGGCGCUCGAGAACAAAUCGAACGACCCGACGCGCUACAACAACCGGGGCGGCAAGCUGCUGGAGGAGGAAAAGGAGCGGCGACGCAUCAGCAGCCAGCUGCCGAAAAUUGAGGCCAAGCUGCUGGAGGUGUGCAGGCAGUACGAGGAGGAGCAUGGGCGUAAGUUCACCGUGUACGGUACGCCGGUGCAGGAGCUGAUCGAGCAGCAGUGGAAGCAGCGGGAGGAGAGCAAACAUCAAAUAUCGAGCGCACGGAAGAAGGCGAACGGCGUGCUGGGUGUGUCGACGGUCGGGCGCACCCCGAACCGGGUCGGCGAUUCGAUGGUUAAAUGCUCCUCCAUCAUGAGCAGCAAUCGGUCGCGGCUAGUGACCGGCGGUGGUUCGGCGAUAAAAGCAUCGCUGACACCGUUGGUGACGGCCUCGGCCACAAAAUCAGGGCCCUGGCUGAAGCGCAAGCUGGCCACACCGACCAACAGCAAGGUGCACGCGAAACGCUCGCUGCUGCGGGAGCUAAACAGUCCGGCUGCGGGCGUGAAUCGAACCGAGGCGGCGAAGCUUAGCCUCGCGAAGGUUGCUCCCGGGAAGGUGCCGGUCAUCAAGGUGUACGAUAGCAAGGCGGGCGGUUCGGUUGCACAGAAGCGGCGAUCACGUCGGAAGUCACAGGGCAAACGGCGUAGCGCUUCGGUCGCGAAGAUCCCGUCCGUGAUCAUCAGCUCGGCGGAGGGCACAAUCCUGCAGGAGUCGGUUUGUUACGAGAAGAUUGAGAACUUCUUCGAUAAUAAUGUCCCCAACCGGUCAUCGGUGGUGCCGGAAAGGCAAAGAACGCGUCGCAUCACACGUCUGCACCAGCAACGGAUGGUGGAACCUAUCAAACCGCUGCCGUCCGAUACCAGCUUGAUGGAGGGGGAGGAAAACGUUGAGCCAAUGCCACAGCUGGCCCCCAUGCUGCCACCGAAACCGAUGAGCUUCUUGCACUCGCCUGCCGCUGCUGCUGCUGCUGGGUCAUCGAGCAUGCUGGCACGAUCGCCCGGCGUGGCCAAUUCAACCUCGAUCGGCAAUACUACGCGGGGUGGCUCCAGGCGACUGAAGCCGGCCGCUAAAAACUGUCCCAUUAUCUUCUAAGCGCAUCCUCCCUGCCGUCCGUCCAGCCGACGUCCUGCAUUGCAGAUUUGUGUUAUGAAACGAGAAGAAGAGCAGCAGUUGGAAGAUGGCAAUGUGGCAGAGUGUGUUGCACCAUCGAAGAAGUUGCUCAUUUAAGCACGAUCGAAGCAAACAACGAUUAAACUUUACGGGCAAGAAUGGCCAACGAAUAGUGUAGAACGGGUUGAAUGCGUCAUUUACGAUCGAAGAGCCGUCGUGUUCCACUGGAACUGAUUAGAAGCAGCUCUCUAGAAUGGAUCAUCUAUUAUUUUUUGUUUCUUUAGAAUAUGUAAUGAAUCGGUUGUUUGUUUUUUGUUUUAAUGACACAAAAUUGCAAACUGUCUUCCGAGCGUGGACGGUGGCGGCUGUACAAAGACAUGCUUUUUUAUUUUAAUUAUUGACUUUUGUUUAUAAGUGUAAGGUACACACAUUACUAUUACACAGUGCUCUCGAACGUGCUAAAUGCUAACCCUUAUUUAAAUGAGGACCUUGCUCUCUUUUGCCCUCCCCCAAGUGUGUUUUUUACCACCACACCUGGAUGCACCUGUCACGCUAAAACGCUUACUUGAAGAAAUAGAAUUAAGGUUUUACAGAACUUUACUUAAAUUGUCGGUACAAAAUCAGUUUGUUGUUGAAGUGUAAUAAAUAUUGAAAUUUGCUAACCGAA